CAGAUCCCGCCGCCAGCAGCCUUUCUCGCGAGAAUCCCCCCACUCUAACGGGGUUAUGUAACCCGCUCCCCUGCACCUCCUUUUAAAGGGCCCGCUUCCUGUCACGCCGGGAGGGGAGGGGCGACUGGAAAAGCAAGUUCCAUUGUUGGGGUUCAGUCACCCCCCUUCCCCUCAGUCCCCCCCCGAGGGGGGUGCGUCCCCCUCCUCUCUGGCCGGACAAUGAGUCCCAUAUGCUAAUGAGAGCCCCGCGUCACUUCCGCUCUUUCUCGGCCGCCAUCUUGGCCAGGGCAGGUUCUGGGCAGGAGGGACCCGGCUGUAUUGUCUGCAGGGCGCCUAGGGAGCCCCCCCUCCCCUUCCCCGCGGCCCGGAGCCCGACACCCCUCGCCCCGGUGACUGAGGCAUAGCCGCUGCCGCCCCCUCCUCAUCCCCGCGCAGGCUUAGCCCUCACAACCUGCCCCCCUCACAACCUGCCCGCCCGCCAUCAGCCCCCUUUGUCUCCCCCGCACCGCCGGCUCCGCUCCCCGCGCCCGCCCAGCCGGGAGCCGCUAGGAGCAGCAGCGCCGCCGCCGCCGCCGCGGGAGGGAGCGCCCGCCGCUGAGGAGGAGAAGGAGGAGGGAGCGCGAGACUCAGCCAGGUGUUUCUGGACCCACCUUUUGAUGAUAUCAACAGCUGUGUAUAAACUGACUUUAAACAGAGUGAACUGAACUGCUUUUUAUGCUGCUUUUCCAUGGGAGGUUAUUACAACAUUUGUUUCCAGAAACUAUGUUCCAACUUCCUGUCAACAACCUUGGCAGUUUAAGAAAAGCCCGGAAAACUGUGAAAAAAAUAUUAAGUGACAUCGGGUUGGAAUACUGUAAAGAGCAUAUAGAAGAUUUUAAGCAGUUUGAACCCAAUGACUUCUAUCUGAAAAACACUACAUGGGAGGAUGUUGGAUUGUGGGAUCCUUCACUUACAAAAAAUCAGGACUAUCGGACAAAACCAUUUUGCUGCAGUGCAUGUCCAUUUUCCUCAAAGUUCUUUUCUGCCUACAAAAGUCACUUCCGGAAUGUUCAUAGUGAAGACUUUGAAAACAGAAUCCUUCUUAAUUGUCCCUACUGUACUUUCAAUGCAGACAAAAAGACUUUGGAAACGCACAUUAAAAUAUUUCAUGCUCCAAAUGCCAAUACACCAAGUGGAGGCAUCAGCACUUUUAAAGAUAAAAACAAGCAUGAUAGCCUUAAACCUAAGCAGGCUGACAGUGUAGAACAAGCUGUUUAUUACUGUAAGAAGUGCACUUACCGAGAUCCUCUCUACGAAAUAGUUAGAAAGCACAUUUACAGGGAACAUUUUCAGCAUGUUGCUGCACCUUAUAUAGCAAAGGCAAGUGAAAAGUCACUCAAUGGGGCUGUAUCCUUAAGUUCCGGUACCCGAGAAGAGGGCAUGAUUCACUGCAAACGAUGUCUUUUUAUGCCGAAGUCGUAUGAAGCUUUAGUACAGCAUGUUAUUGAAGACCACGAGCGUAUAGGAUACCAAGUGACAGCAAUGAUAGGGCAUACAAAUGUGGUAGUUCCAAGGUCCAAACCUUUGAUGCUAAUCGCUCCAAAACCACAGGAUAAGAAACCUAUGGGACUUCCUCAGAGGAUGGGCCCACUGUCUCCUGGAAAUGUCCGGUCUCUUCCAUCACAGCAAAUGAUGAAUCGACUGAAUAUACCAAAGCCUACAUUAAAUUCUGGAGGAGUAAAUAUGAUGUCCAACGUUCACUUACAGCAGAACAGCUAUGGAGUGAAAUCAGUACCACCAAGUUAUGUUGGUCACACUGGAGGAAGGCUAAGUUUAACUGGCAGUUCCCCAGUUUCUCUGUCCCAGCAGUCUCAAUCAAUGAAGCAGUAUUCCCCAAGUGGAAAUGGGAGACCCUACCCACUUGGAGGGGAGCCAAGAUCGCAGACUACAGCAAGGUACUCUCUUCAGUCUGCCAACUCAUCUUCACUUUCAACAUCAUUAGCUCAGUCUCAGGCAGCAACCAGAGUAUUAGCCCAGUCCACACCUAAGCCUCUUGGAGCAGGUGCUACAGGUGCCACUGCCGUCAAUACUUCAUCAACUCAGAAAUGGAAAAUUUGUACAAUCUGUAAUGAGUUAUUCCCUGAAAACGUGUACAGUGUUCAUUUUGAGAAAGAGCACAAGGCUGAAAAGGUGCCUGCAGUUGCUAACUACAUAAUGAAAAUACAUAAUUUUACUAGCAAAUGUUUAUACUGUAAUCGCUACUUGCCUACUGACACGUUGCUUAACCACAUGUUAAUCCAUGGUCUGUCUUGUCCCUACUGCCGCUCAACAUUCAAUGAUGUUGAAAAGAUGGCUGCUCAUAUGCGAAUGGUUCAUGUUGAUGAAGAAAUGGGACCUAAAACUGAUUCCACUUUAACCUUUGAUUUGACGUUGCAGCAGGGUAGCCACACCAAUAUACACUUACUUGUAACUACCUAUAAUUUGCGAGAUGCCCCCGCUGAAUCUGUCGCUUACCAUGCUCAAAAUACUCCUCCAGUUCCUCCAAAACCACAGCCAAAAAUCCAGGAGAAGACAGACGUACCUGUAAAAAGUUCUCCUCAAGCAGCAGUACCCUACAAAAAAGAUGUGGGGAAAACACUUUGCCCGUUGUGUUUUUCAAUCCUGAAAGGACCCAUUUCUGAUGCACUGGCACAUCACUUAAGGGAAAGACAUCAAGUUAUUCAAACAGUUCAUCCAGUAGAGAAAAAGCUUACAUAUAAAUGUAUUCAUUGCCUUGGCGUGUACACCAGUAACAUGACUGCCUCGACUAUAACACUGCACCUUGUUCACUGCAGGGGUGUGGGGAAGACUCAAAACGGUCAAGACAAAACUAACGUUCCUUCUCGACUAAAUCAGUCUCCAGGUGCAGGACCUGUGAAACGUACUUAUGAACACAUGGAGUUCUCUCUACUGAAGAAAAGAAAAAUAGAUGAUGAGGAUUCCCCUGCUGUCUUUGAGGAGAAGCCUGAAGAACCUGUAGUACUGGCUUUAGAUCCGAAGGGUCAUGAAGAUGAUUCCUACGAAGCCAGAAAAACAUUUCUCACAAAGUACUUCAAUAAGCAACCAUAUCCCAGUCGGAGGGAAAUAGAAAAGUUAGCUGCCAGUCUUUGGCUAUGGAAAUCUGACAUUGCUUCACACUUUAGCAACAAAAGGAAGAAAUGUGUUAGAGAUUGUGAGAAAUAUAAACUGGGUGUCCUGCUAGGUUUCAACAUGAAAGAAUUAAAUAAGGUUAAACAUGAAAUGGAUUUUGAUGCUGAGUGGUUGUUUGAAAACCAUGAUGAAGAGAAUUCUAGAGUCAAUCCUAGCAAAACUGUUGAUAAAAAAAUAAACCUAGAGAAAGAUAACGAAAGUUCCUCUGACAGUUUUGAGAACAUAGAACAGGAAUUUAAUGAAAGCAAUAGUCCAUUCACAGAAUCUGUUUCUAACACUGGUCAUAAAACAUCUAUUAAUAGCAUAAAUGAGAACCCAGAUGAGAACAUAUCUAAGGAGACACCUGUGGAAGCCACCUUGGAUUCUCCAGAAAAAACAGACCAAAAAGAGCAGGGGGGAGAACCAAAAUACAAAGAAAGUGGCUCUUCAGAAGAACCAACAAAACUGGUAGCUGAAGGUUCAGACAGCGAAGGUGACCAAGAAGAUCAAGAUGAUCCCAUUGAAUGGAAAGAUGAAGCAUCACCAUCUGAAAGUGGACCUGGUUCUCAGCAAGCAUCUGACUUUGAAGAUAAUGCAUCUGAAGUGAAACCAGAAACUUGGACGGAUGAAUCAUCCCAAAGUGAAGAUGCUACUAAUAAUAAACCAGUUGCAGAAACUAAAGGUGUUGUCUCUGAGAGUGAUGAAGAACAGUCAAAGUGGAAGAAUAGUUCCUAUGGAAAAGUGGGCGAGUUUUGGUCUAAAGACCAAUCACAGUGGAAAAAUGCAACAGAAAUUGACGAAAGCUUGUCAAAUCAGCAGAUGGAGUGGCAGAAUAGCACAAUUGACAGUGAGGAUGGAGAUCAAUUUGACAGUGUGACUGAUGGGGUUACAGAAUCGAUGCAUAGCAGCCUAACUGGGGUAGAGCUGAGUAGUCAGCAAGCAUAAGGUGUUCAACUUCCUGGACUCAGUAUCCUCCACUUGACAACAGUCUAACACUUUCAUUUCAGAACGACUGCUAAAGUUCAUUGUAAACUGGUACUGCCUUUUGAAUGCAUUGUCAUCAGGCUAGUGGGUGUGAGGCAGCCGCACCAAUUCCAGUUCUUAUUUCAAAGUAUGCUGUUGGCGAAUCUCACUUGAGAGUAUCUGCUGUGACGAGCACAGUAACGUAAUGUGAAAAUGGAUAUGCUGGUGGCUCCCAGUUGCUCACUGCUGAAGAAAAGCAAAGGUUUAUUUUAUUGGCAUUUUCAACAUACUUCACUCUGUAUAUGUUCAGCUGUAUGUCUUUUUAAACAUUACUCUUUUCCACAUGGUAGUUAUAGGGCCAACAUAUGAGCUACCACUUCAAUGUGUAUAGUAGGACUCUGGGAAAAUUGAUUUUUUUCCAUGUAUCAUUCUGAAUAGUUGAAAUGUAUAUUUGUACAGUCUUUUAGACCUAUUCAAGUGAUGCUUAUGCUAUUGUUAUUGUGUACCCAUCAUAGAUUUGGUUCUUUUUUUUAGUGUUGCCCUGCUGUGUAAUAAAUGCUGUAUCUAGUUUACCUAGCAAAAAGCUUGAAACUGCUAUAGUAUGAAUUUUGACAGACUUAGUUUUUGCACAUAACCUUGUACAAUCUCAAAACAGAGGCCAGCAACAUAAAAGUAUAUCUGGACUCUAUUGUAUUAUAGAAUUUUCUUGUUCUUGAAUAUCCUUGACAUUACAACUGAUGACUAUGUAUUUCAGAGCCAUUUUCUGAAAUCUUUUAAGCUAAAAAAAUCACAUGCAAGAAACAAGCUUGCAGCUACUAAUUUUGACACCUUUUAGAUCUGUAUAAAAGUACUGUGUUGAAGCAGCAUACGGAAAUGAGUGCUGCAUUUUUGGAUAUUUAGUUUUAUCUUUAGUUAACACCAACAUGGUGUUGUAUUCAUUUAUACCAUCUAAUAUAUGACACAUUGUUGUAGUAUGGAUAAUUUGUGAUCUUUAUUUCCCUUUGUAUUCAUUUAAGCAUCUAAAUAAAUUGCUGUAUUGUG